AUGGGUAGACCAAUACACCAAAUGGAUGUGAGAAGCGCCUUUUUGUAUGGAGAUAUAGAAGAACAGGUAUUCAUGGUGUUACCAGGAUAUGUUGAUUCCGAUUGGGGUGGAGAUACGAUUAAUCGCAAAUCCACCACAGGUUUUAUAUUUAAGAUGUUUAAUUGUACUAUCGCCAGGGCCAGCAAGAAGCAGCAAACAGUAGCCAUAUCAUCAACAGAGUCAGAAUACAUAGCGUUGAGUCUAGCAACAUUUCGACACUGCAUAUGUAUACGGCAACGAACAUAUCAUCGGCAAGGUCCUCAACAAGUGGUUUUCAUCUGGAAAACUCAAGAGAGACGAUGUUUUCAUAACUACGAAAUUGCCAUUUCACGGCAACUAUCCCGAAGGAAAUUUCUUAAGGAGUCCCUGGCGGCCCCACAAAUGAAUUAUGUUGACCUAUAUUUAGUCCAUUCCCCGAUUCGAAUGAGAGGCAGGUGUGGGGGCGUAGACGGAUUGUCUAUGGAUCAUGUAGGCGUUUGGCGCGAAAUGGAGAAACAGGUGAAGGCGGGUCGCGCCAAAACGAUUGGCGUCUCUAAUUUCAAUCAAAGACAAGUAGAGAGACUUCUUAAAGAGGCAGAAAUUAAACCAGUCUGCAACCAAAUCGAAUUAAAUGUGUAUCUACCUCAAACGCAAUUAAUGGAAUUCCUCCAAGCGAAUGGAAUCGUUGUAGUUUCGUUUUAUUCUUUAGGAAGCUCUAGACCGAUAGAACGACGAGACAAGAUUGGCUUACCUCAAACAGCUGCAAGAUCAUCCGGAAUAUCCUCACCCUGUACGAGACGACUAACCUGGCUUUAUUUGUGUAAUAUGCCAAAUAAAAAAUAUAUAAAUGUAUAA